GCCAACGGCCGUUGUUUUGCGGGGAGCACAAGCUGUCCUGUCAACAGCCGCAAACCGGAGAGAGAAGAGGGAGAAGGAAGGAGACGGCUCUCUCUUUUUGGUUUCUACCUUCUCCUUUCCUCUCGAUCGUUUCUCCCCAUUUUCCCUUAUUGCUUUUACUUCAAGAUCAGAAUUCUUCUUCCUUUUCCUUCUCCACCCAGUUCCGCUCUGCAGUCCCACAUACCCAACAAUUCUUGUUUAAUAUGCCCAAGUAAUCAGGUUUAAUUAGCUUGCAGGUAUAUUAUUGUCACACUGAAAAUGGAUCAAGAGUUACCUGAUAAUGAACAUUUGCUCACUCGUAUUCAACAGUUGGAACAUGAGCGUGAUGAGUUAAGAAAAGAUAUCGAACAAUUAUGUAUGCAGCAAUCUGGGCCUGGUUACCUUUCUGUGGCUACUCGAAUGCAUUUUCAGAGGACAGCUGGCUUGGAACAGGAGAUUGAGAACCUGAAAAAGAAAUUUGCUGCUUGUACCAGAGAUAAUCACAAUCUUCAAGAGGAACUCGCAGAAGCCUACAGAAUAAAAAGUCAGCUGGCAGAUCUACACAGUUCAGAGGUUGCCAAGAAUUUGGAAUCGGAGAAGCAGCUUAAGUUUUUCCAAGGUUGUGUUGCUACUGCUUUUGCUGAACGGGAUCAUUCUAUUAUGGAGGCUGAGAAGGCGAAGGAGAAAGAAGAGUCGAUGUCGCAAAAGCUUAAAGAGGUCCAAAAUAGAUUAGAGGAGUUGUCGUCUGACUGUGUAAAUUUGAGGGAAACUAAUGAUACACUACGAAUUAACCUAGCCAAGCAAGAAGAGCGGAAUGAGGUUUCAAAACAGGUAAUCAAUAAGUUUUACGAGAUCAGACAGAGUUCUCUCGAAGGAUUUAUGGAUACUAGUUUGGACGAAAAAUGUCAGUGUCUUUUACACGAUCCUCCGGAAAUGUGGAGUUUCAAUGAUUCUUCAACGUUUAGAUAUAUAAAUUCUUUGGAAGAAGGACUGGAGAAAACGAAGAAAACAGUAGACAAUCUUCAAAAUAAGCUACGGAUGGGUGUGGAAAUUGAAAAGCAUUUAAAGCUGAAGGUGCAUGAUUUGGAAUUGAAGCUGAUUCGCAUGGACGAUAUGGUCAAGAGCAAGAUUUCAGGGUUUUGUCAAUACUAUUCUCAAUAUCGAGAUCAUAUAUUGGAUUUAUUGGACAAAGAAAUGUCUAAUAUGAAUUCGACAAUUGGAGAGAUUGAAGAAAAGAUUAUGCAAUAUGGCUGGGGAGUUCAGAAUAUGAAGGAUUCUGAGAAACUGCUGAAAGCAGAAAAUGAUUCCCAGGAUGAGCAUUUGAAUACCAAUACCAAGAUGAAAAUUCCUGGCUUACCAGAUUCCGUUGCUGAUGGAAAUGUUGAGGCCUCUGAAGCCCUUGCUUUGGCACUUCAAGAAAAGGUUUCAGCUCUGUUACUUCUUUCGCAACAAGAAGAGAGGCACAUGCUGGAGAGAGAUGUCAAUGCAGCUCUUCAAAGAAAAACAGAGGAGCUCCAGAGAAACUUACUGCAGGUUACCCAUGAAAAAGUUAAAGCACUAAUGGAGCUUGCACAAGUAAAGCAAGAACUACAAGUACUUAAAGAGAAAAGCGUUCAUGACUUGAAACGAGGAGUCGACACUGUGGAAAGGAAACUUGUUACUCACGAGAGAGAGGGGAAACUAAAAGGCUUGCUGAAGGGUACAUAUCUGAGACGUUGGGUAGGUGCACCGGAAAUCAGUGGAAGUGAAGCUGCAGCUCACUUGGAUAAUGAAGAAAAUUACUCUUCUCGGAAGUCUGCUCUGGAAUUUGCCAGAAUGAAAAUUGAAAACGCAACUCUUAGAGAAAGUAUUGAAAGCAUGGAGCAACUGACCUCUUCAAUUCACAGGCUUCGUCUCUCUCUUCUGAAGGCUAAAGAGUCAGUUACUUCUGAAGGUCCAGCUACAAGUGUGAUGGGGGCUCUCAAGGGCAUAAUCAACGAGGCAAAACUCAUAAAGACUGCACUUAGCAGCUCCUUACCCAUCAGUUGGUCAGCUGAGGUAAAUACUGGAUCCGGUGAGGAAACUUUACAUGAUUCAUGUGAUGUUUUAGGAGGAGACUCUAGCCUGGGAAAGGUAGAUUUUGUUUCUGCUGCUGGUUUUGAGAUGGUUGAGCUCCUUGUUUCUGUUGCUGAGUUGUUGUUAAAGGAUUACAUGGAUGUAAGUGGUUCUUGAUAUUAAACUGAUUGAGCUCUCAUCUACUUUGGCCUUGGAUUCUGGCAUGGUUAUGAAUAUGAUACUGACCAUUUUUCUGCUCUGCAAAUUGAUGGAUGAGCAAAUGGAGUGAGGGGGAUUUGUACCAUAGGAAAAUGAUAACUGGAGAAAAUAAUGAAAAUCUGUGCAUUACUGUAGGUUUGUUUAGGAUAUACAAACUGUAAAUGCAUGUAUCCUUUAGUCUAUGGCUCGGAUGAAAUUGAGUUGUCGAAUCCAAUUUAUUUGUCCUAAACAUUUGUACAUUUUUAUUAUGUCGAGGUUGAUGAUUUGAUUAGGUUGAGGUUUUGUUGUGGCAAAGAUGUGAAAACAAGUGGUCUGUUCAAAUUUACAUUUGUGAAUACAGAUGGAAUUUAGUCAUUAAAAUUUUUACU